AUGGAUGCCCAGCAGCAGUCCCGACGGGCCAGGUCGUCCAGUGACAGGGCCCAGGGUUCGCCCGUUACGCCUCCGCAGAGACCUCGACUGGGAGUCCGGACAAUUUCAGCCCCAGCCGGUGAUAUUCAGAAGCUAGAUCGCUCCAAGGGGCCAGCAGAGGAAGGAAAGACAUUCCAGACGACAGUUAUUGAGGAAUCUGAGAGUCCUAUUACUUCUCCUGUCGAUGACCGUCCCAUCGACGACGACGAUGUCUCUACUAUAAAAGGAAACAAUCAGACUUCGAAUUCGAGGGCCAAUCUUCCCCAUGUUCGUCUGGCUGUCAUUGGCUCAAAGGCAGUAGGUAAAUCGACGUUCGUGCAAUGUGCGCUGGAUAUGAAGCAUCUUCCGACCUCCCAUUCCAAUUCAAAGAAGAUGUCACUGGACGGCACGGUCUAUAUGGUCCGCUUGCUGGAGAUAUCUUUAGAUGACAUCAGCUUUGACACAAACGGGAGCGUUGUUUGGCCUCGAACUUCCGACGAUAACAAUCUCCCCCCGGUGGACGGAGCUCUCAUUCUUCACGAUGUGACUAGCCCUGGCGGCAUCAUCGAGGCCUCACGAUUAUUGAGUGCUUUAACUAAGUCGUCAAUACCAUAUGUGCUAGUACAAUGUAAAUGCGACCUCCAGGACCGUCCGCAAAAGAUGGAUGCCGUGACAUUUGAAAAGAUGAGCAGGAUUAUCAGUGGAAAGGAGCUGCAUCGGACAGCAGCGGACUCGCCGCGAACACAGAAGCGAUGCAUUUCCAUACUUUUGCGAUCCAUCGUCUUGAAAACACCUGAUAUUGUUCGCAAUCACCUGUACGGAAACAAUUCCAGUUCCAAUUCCAAUUCAUCAUCAACGUUACGACAGACGCAGGUGCGGCAGCCACUUUCUCCAACACAGGAUUGGCAAAACUACACUGCCGCGGAAGCCAAAGAGACCGCACGGGAAGAGGCCUCUGGCAGCGAAACCAUUGCGUCUAAUGAGAGAGUCGAUGGGAACGGCGAAAACCGUCCCACCGACAAGGCAAACGGCGCCAGUCUGGCUCUCAAUGCCGCGGGCUCUAGGUAUGUCCGGAGCAAUUCACACCCUGUACGACCUCAAACGCCUCCCUCUGCGGGACGGUUAGAUCCCCGCAGGCCAUCUGUCUCCAGUAACGCCGCGGAGAGCCCGCCGAAUCGAGAUAACAGUCGACAGCGUCGGCUCCAGCCCACCUGGCGCCAUAGCGCAGGUUCCGAUGCCUUCAGCAGUUUUCUGGACAUGGAAGAUGACGAAAAUGGAGAACAUAAGAACAGCCCGGAUCGAAACAAAGAAAGGCCCGGAGAAUAUGUAGCAGCGGACACCGGAGUGACUUUUGAGGAUCUUGUCGACCGUCUUGUCUCGGUACCGAUGUCAAAGCAAGACUCGAAGUUUUCAGCUAUCUUUCUGUGUCUCUAUCGCAAAUUCGCUGCGCCUGGUACACUUCUGAACGCCUUGAUCAAUCGCUUCGAGAAAACCGAGAGAAGCCCGGCAGCUCAAUUAAGCAAAUCUGCAGACCAGCUUAGGUUACUCAACGUUGUCGGACAAUGGGUCUCUGAAUAUCCUGGAGACUUCGCUUACCCAAAGACCCGGAGACGCUUGACGGACUUCGUGGCUGCCUUGGAGAAGAACCAUGUCUACAUGUUCGCUGCCAAAGAGAUUGCUUCUUACUUGGAUCUAAUUGUGGAGGAGGACGAGACUGGGUGGCCGUUUCGCGACAGCGAUUCUGAUGCGUCAGAGAAGUCAGACAGACUCGAGACUUUCCUCAACACUUCCGCUCGAAGUUCUCCAAUGGCCUUCCUUUCCGGGUCGUCACUCCUGGAUUAUUCGAUAUACAAUACAAGCUCUUUGGACCUCAAUGACGACAUACCCGAUGCAUCGUCCGCCCAUUCUGGUCACUCUAUGAGUCUGUCAAACGCUUCGAGCCAUGGAAAAUCGGCAAGCACUUCAAAUCAGUCAUUUUCUACGCUCAUCUCCGUCGAGAAUGCACAAAGAGAAGCACAAACGCUCGAGCUUACCCCCAAGAUCUCCUUGACGAAAAUCCAAUGGAGACAGUUCAUGGAAAUUCCGGACGACGACUUCGCAAAAGAGCUUACACGAAUCGACUGGAUAAUGUAUAACUCGUUCCGGCCUCGAGACCUAGUCCGCCACGUGAGUAUCUCGAGCCAGGACAAGGAUAAGAUCAAGAGCCUGGCGAACGUCAAUCGGAUGAUCAAAGAGUUCAAUCACGUCGCAUUCUUUGUUGCCAGUAUGAUCUUGUUCCGAGACAAGCCCAAACACAGAGCCAAGGCCCUGGAAAAAUUUAUGAACAUAGCUCAGAGGCUACGACGACAAAACAACUACAACUCCCUCGGCGCGGUUAUCGCUGGCAUUAAUGGUACACCUGUACAUCGGUUAACCCAGACCAGGGAGCUUGUCCCUCUUCAUGUGCAGAAGGAAUUCAUGAGGCUAGUCAUUCUCAUGGGCACUCAGAAGAGCCAUUUUGCCUACCGGUUGGCGUGGGAAAAUUCCUUUGCGGAACGGAUCCCAUUCCUUCCCCUCCAUCGUCGCGAUCUGGUGUCCGCGGAAGAAGGAAACAAGACUUUCGUCGGCGAGGAUAAGUCCCGUGUCAACUGGAAGAAAUUUGAGAUCAUGGGAGAGGUUGUCUUAGGAAUUCAACGAAGUCAGAAGACACCUUACCCCUACAUACCGAAGCACGAGGAAGUAAUGCGGCUGCUGCUGGAAACCAAGCUCUCAAAUGACGAGGAGGAUCUCUACUCGCGGAGUAUGCAAGUUGAACCGUCCGCUACGGGAGAUCGCAAGAAGUUUGCUUGGCUGCGUUCCUAA